GGAGAAAGUUUGUUCUGACCGGUGCGGAGAGCCCAGCCUGCCCGGAGUACCUGGUGCCAGGAUGAGUGUGGCAUUCGCCAGCCUUCCCCCUGCAGAGGACAAGCACAUCGCAAUGGUGUCGGAGCUGAACAUGGAGAUGUCUUACCCCAUCAUCGAAGCUUGUGCCAUCAAGAAGGAGGAGGACGAUUUGGGCAAAUUUGUGGAUUUGGAUUUUAUUUUGUCUCAUACCACCAGCAGCCAGCCUGGGGGGGGCCAGGGGGGCACUUACCCCCUUCCAGAGACCCCCGAGAGCUGCAGCACCACCUACGACAGCGACGGCUCCUACCCUGGCACCCAUAAGUAUAGAGGGGGCAGUUUCACCAGCAGCCCCCAGCACAGCUAUGUGGCCGAGCUGCUGACCCCCGAUAUGCCCUGUAUGGAGUUGCACCCCGACUAUGGAAUGAAGCCCCCCAUGGCGGGCAGGAAGUACACCGAACUCAGGGUCACCAGCAUGGACGUGCCAGUCCCCAUCCAAGUGGAGCAGAUGACACACCUGGGGCAAAAGAUAAAGAAGGAGAGACCCGAUCAGCACUGCAUGAUGGGGACCCAAUCGCCCACCUCCCCAGACUGCAUGGGCCCUACUAUAAUGCACAUAUCCAGCCAGAUGGGGGGCCACACAUACAUCCAGCACCGGCUCAGCUCUGUGGACGAUGUGCCAAUCAAUGACUGUCAUAUGAUUUCGGACAUGCACUGCCUGCCCAUCAUGCAGAUGAGUCAGCACUACCAGCUGGCACAGCCCUACCCCCCUCACUUCACCAGCCAGGCCCCUGCUCAGUUCCAUGGACAGUUCGGGGUGUACCGAGAUCAGAUGAAGGUUCACCCGGCCAUGCAUGGCAUGAUAGUCACCCCACCAUCCUCCCCGUUAUUGGAGUAUUACCCCGCCAUGAACCCCGCCGAAGACUGCAAACCCAAGAGGGGCCGGAGGUCAUGGGCCCGCAAGAGGACGGCCACCCACAACUGCGAGUACCCCGGCUGCGGCAAGACCUACACCAAGAGCUCCCACCUGAAGGCCCACAUGAGAACCCAUACAGGUGAGAAGCCCUAUCACUGCAACUGGGAGGGCUGCGGCUGGAAAUUCGCCAGAUCCGAUGAACUGACUCGCCACUUCCGCAAACACACCGGCCACCGGCCGUUCCAGUGCCACCUGUGUGAGAGGGCAUUCUCCCGCUCCGACCACCUGGCUCUGCACAUGAAGAGGCACAUGUAACAGAGACUCUCUACGGAACACCUGCGCCACACAGAGACUCUCUACAGAACACCUGUACUACAGA